UGACCCCGCCCCUCAGACCCUCCCAUACACACCCAGCGGGCGGGAAGGCGUUAGCCAGGCAGCGCCUCACUCAAGCACCGACCGACAGAGCAAGUACGACACGGGCCGCCGCCUCUCCUUCCUGACCAGCUGAGCAGGACGCCACAGGCCGCAGCGGCGGAAGGAGAGACAGGGAAGACGUGCAGAGCACAGAGCCGGCGUACACGAAUUCGUCUCCUCUGAGCGUCGAACAUGGCGGCUGCAGCUGGGGCCUCGUCUAACCCCGGAGGGGGACCAGAGAUGGUGCGGGGACAGGCGUUCGACGUAGGCCCGCGAUACACCAAUCUCUCCUACAUCGGGGAAGGGGCCUAUGGCAUGGUGUGUUCUGCAUAUGACAACGUGAACAAAGUCCGAGUUGCUAUCAAGAAAAUCAGCCCUUUUGAACAUCAAACAUACUGCCAGAGAACACUGAGAGAGAUCAAAAUCUUGUUGCGCUUCAAGCAUGAGAAUAUUAUUGGAAUAAAUGAUAUUAUCCGAGCUCCAACUAUCGAGCAAAUGAAAGAUGUAUACAUUGUUCAGGACCUCAUGGAGACUGAUUUGUACAAGCUCCUAAAGACCCAGCACCUUAGCAAUGACCACAUCUGUUAUUUCCUCUACCAAAUCCUGAGAGGUCUGAAGUACAUCCAUUCAGCCAAUGUUUUACAUCGUGAUCUCAAACCAUCAAACUUGCUGCUAAACACUACUUGUGAUCUGAAGAUCUGUGAUUUUGGAUUGGCACGUGUUGCAGACCCAGACCAUGAUCACACUGGUUUCCUGACAGAGUAUGUUGCAACUCGCUGGUACCGGGCACCAGAGAUCAUGUUAAAUUCCAAGGGAUAUACCAAAUCAAUUGAUAUCUGGUCUGUUGGCUGCAUUCUUGCAGAGAUGCUUUCCAAUAGGCCCAUAUUUCCAGGAAAGCAUUAUCUUGAUCAACUUAAUCAUAUCCUUGGCAUUCUUGGAUCUCCUACUCAAGAGGAUUUAAACUGUAUAAUAAAUUUGAAAGCUAGAAACUACUUGCUGUCCCUCCCUCAUAAAAAUAAGGUUCCCUGGAACAGGCUUUUCCCAAAUGCAGAUCCUAAAGCUCUUGAUUUGUUGGACAAAAUGUUGACCUUCAACCCACACAAACGAAUUGAAGUAGAAGCAGCUCUUGCUCACCCAUAUCUGGAACAGUAUUAUGACCCAAGUGAUGAGCCUGUAGCCGAGGCACCCUUUAAGUUUGAAAUGGAGCUGGAUGACUUGCCUAAGGAGACACUGAAGGAGUUAAUUUUUGAAGAAACUGCUAGAUUCCAGCCAGGGUACUGACCGCAAUAUGACCACAGGGAAAGGCUGUGAAGGACUUCAUACUCCGACAUCUGUGUUCUUGACAGUUCUUCCUCCUUGGCCAUGUCCUGUGACCCAUCUCAGCUUGUCCAGUCUAACUCCUUUGGGCCAUUAAGGAGGGCGGUUCCUGGUAGUUGUGGCUUUUUUAUGCUUCUGAUGAAUCUUUCAAUCUGGAGAAGUGUUCUUGACACUCCUUUUUCGUAAAGCCCUUUUGCAGUGUGGUGCAUCAAGCACUUGCUGAUACCGUAAAUAACUGCUUGUAAAUUCAUUUUUUUUUUUUUUCUUUUUAUAAAUACAGUGGUUUAUUUCCCAUGAAGUGGACAGUGUCCUGACUUUUACAGGCUUUACAUAUUAUGUUGAACCCAUGUUACUGAUGACUGUGGUAACUGGCAUUUUUUUUGUUUUUCUUCUUUUUGGGAGAGUUAUUUCUCUGGGCACUUUAAAUCAACAGAGAGCUCCAUUUACUCACAUAUCAUUUUAAACCCAUUGCAGUUAGAAGCAUUAAAAACCUGCUGGAGAUCAUUGUAUAAUAUCCAGGUUUUCCUUGGCAUGUAGCUGAGCUGUGUGAGAACUUUUAACCAUUUAUGUGCUUGAGGGACCUGAUAGAUUAAAAUCGUAUUCAUAACAAUCUGCUUACUUGUACAUCAAACUCAAUAGCAAAAAAGCUGCUGCAAUAUAACAUUUAUAAUAUAUAUAAAUAUAUAUAUAUAUAUACUUGCAUACAUAUAUAUCUGGGGCAUUUGUGCCAUGCACUGGCCUUUUAUAGGUCUGCGUGUUUCAUGUAUGGAUGAGUUUGGAGGAAGAAGAGCUUUCAUAGGACAGAAAUAAAACAAGCAAGUGAAACCAAAAUCUCAUACCUUUUUAUUUUCAGUUGGUGUUGGCAUGAGGCCCACAUAUUGACUUAAAAAUAGCAUGCCAAUGUUAUUUCUAGUGGAGCCAUAUUCACUGAAUGUUUUGACACUUAGUGUAAUUUUCCCCAUACAUAAAAUAACCAGAAUGAUAGUUACCAUACUGUAACAAACAAAUACUGUACUUAUUGGGGAUGCCAAUCUUAUUCCUAGCAAUCCCCCACCCAGCUUCCCAAGAUGGAGAUACAUCUGUGUAUAAAGCUAACUCCUUUUUUUUUCCCUCUGUCAUGCUGGAGCAGCAAUCAAGCAAGCACUAAACUCUUUUAAUGUGUAAAACAUUCUUUUCUUUUCUGCAAGUAUUUGUUCUUGGAGUUGUAUUCUGUGGAGUUUUAGAUGUUCUGUCCCAGUGCAGUGCCUCCUACUUUUUCCUCACUGCUCUUUGUGGUGAAAGAUUUGCCUUGUUUCAGAUGACCGUGCCCUCGCAUGACUGUUAAGCUUUUCUGUGCAAAGAUUGUCUAAGUGCCACAUGCCUAUGAUUGAUUGGAUUAAGAUCUCUUACCUCUGAGUUGUGUUUAAAUGAAAUCUUAUCCUGUAACCUUCAUAAGGAUUAUGAAACAACUCUGUUUUAAAUACCCUUCCCCACCCUCUCCCAUGUCUUCUCUUAUAGCAACAUUUAUAGAGACUUGUCUGAACUGCCUAGGAACAUGAGCAAAAAUUGCACUUGUAAUUGAAAAUAAAUUUGAAAAAAAAGUCUCCAUUUAACCUUUUUUUUUUAAUAGAUUUUUUUUUUCCUCAUUCUUUUCGAAGUUUGCUUAGUGGGUCAGUUUCUGUGAUGUGGGUUAUGUAAACAUUUUACAAUAAUGUUGGUGAAUGGGAUUACCAGAUAAUUUUAUGUUCAACUGAUCAGACUAACCACUUGUUAGAUCAAAUGCUUAUGUCUUAUUAAACAGUUGUGCACGAUAUCGUCUGUAGAACGUAUACUUUUUAAAUAGACUGCUUUAUUUAAGAGGCAGUGAAAAGCUGAGCCUUGUACACCUACUUUACAUAUAAAAAGGGAUUGAUCUGCUAGGGUGUUAGGCCGGCAUCACUUGCCUUAUUUCUCUUUUUAUUAUUUCAGUGUUUGAGGGAACAAUUAUAGCCAUACCAGAUUUCCACCAGUGAUUUCUUUCAUGCCCAGUAUCUGUGCUUGUUUCUGAAUCAACGUGACAUACUGAUAUUAAUGGAUCUUAUCUAUGAAGAGACAGUUUAUUUUGCCAGGUCUUGAUCAAAGGACUUUGCUUUUCUUUUCUUAAGCAAACCUUUUUUUUCUUGAUUUCACAAUCUCUGACAUGGCACCAAAACCCUUUUAAGAAAUGUUAACUCUUCACCUUGCAUUUAAAAGUAAAGCAAAUGUUUAUCUAUGCACUGACGAAAUUCACACUUUUUCCCCCCUUUGUGAGUAUAAUGCAUGGAUAGUUUAGUCAUAUUAAUUGCAUCAGGGAAAGAAGAAGCCAUAUGUAAUUCUAGAAAUUUAGAGAAUGGUCUGUCUCCCCAUUAAUUGUGAAAGCAUCCUUUUGGAGGGAGAAAGGGGGGUUGGGUUUUUGACUUAGUCUGGUGAAACCCUGGAUAAACCAACUAAAGGUAAACCGUUAUGCAGUAGCCAUUCUACUUGUGAUAGUAACCACAAAGGAUAUUCCAGUCUUUUUUUCUGUUUAGAAACCUUUUGCACCCACACAAUGAGAUGCUUCUAGAAUCCGGUAUUGUCGUGCUUGAUGAGCACGGCUUUAAAUCGGUAUCAUUGAAUCCAUUCCAGUUUAAGUAUUGCAUAAUUGCUGUGAUACAUCUUACAGGAGCAUCUGAACAGCCAAAACCGCCUGCUGCUUUCCACUUGGAAGUUUCUCACUACUAAAUGCACUUCACCUACUGCCUUCAGAUCUGCUCUUGUUCCCAAGAUACCCAUAACAACCAUACACCAGUGUUUUCUUACGGUUGCUUGUAUUCAUUAUUACUAGUCCAUUACCAUUUUGGUGCAAAAGGGCAUAUGCUUGCGGUCAAUUUAAAAA